AUGUAUCAAGUGUUGAAAAAGGAAGUGCAGGAUAAUCCUUUACUGAGGAUGCAUCUCUUGGGGAUGCGAAUAUUCGGAUUAUUCAUAUUUGAUGGUCAAACGGCACCAUUUCUUCAUUGGUUCAGAGGCGUCUUCUUCUCCGUGACCUUUACUAUUUUCAAUAUAACGCAGCAUAUUGAUUUGGUAUCUCUCUGGGGUAACCUAGAUGAGAUGACUACAAAUGCUGCCACUACGCUCCUUUUUACAACGACAGUUUUUCGGUUGGUUAAUUUCUUUAGAAACAGGAACACGUACACAACGUUGGUAGCAGAACUGGAUGACUUCCUGUGGCAGUUGAUGGAAACAAGAGUUGAUGAGGAAAUUAAGAUUAUCAAGAGAAAUUUAAAAUACACCAAAGAACUUACAAUCGCCUUCUGGACAAUAGCUCUGACCACAGGAAAUCUCAUGUGCGUCCAAUCAUUCAUUUUAUCCUUUAUCUAUGAACCACAUAUUGUCUACGAUCCAUUGACGAAUACUUCUCAGACAUCCUUUCCACCGGUUAUUCUUCGCUCUUGGUUCCCAUUUGAGGAUCAAUGGGAACAUUUCUACAAGGUUUACUUCAUCCAAUUCUACAGCAUGUGGGUGGGGAUGAUCAUUGUUCCAUGUUGGCAUGCAUUUAUCGUUGCUCUCAUGAUCUUCGCUAUUCUUCGUUUGCAAAUUCUCAAUCAUCAAUUUCAGCAUAUUGAGAAUUACAUUUGCAUUGAUGCGAAACGUUCAAAUGUGGAGCAACCGAAAGAACCGAAGAAUCUAAUUAAUUUUCUAACCGAUAGCCUGGUGGAGCAGAUAAAAAUUCGAAAUUACGUGAAGCAACUUGAGAAAUUGAUUGCUGGCUCAAUUUUUCUUGAUUUUGUUGUCUUCUCCGUACUCUUGUGUGCUUUACUCUUUCAAGGUUCCCGCACUAAGUUUGGUGUUCAAAUAAUCAUUAUUAUCUGCUACAUCACAACAAUGACUGUCAUCUUGUGGAUGUACUAUUGGCACGCCAAUGACAUUAGUCGUCAUAGCGAAACUCUGGCUCUAUCCCUCUACAACAGCUGUUGGUAUGAACAUGAUAUUACGUACCAGAAAGCAGUGUUGCAGAUUAUGGUCUGCAGUGGGAGAGAAAUAAGAAUGCAGACGGGAUUUGUGAUAAUGAAUCUUCAGUCAUUCCUAAAGAUUCUUCAAGCAUCCUACAGUUACUUCACCCUCCUUACACAAGUUGCAAAUUAGAACUAAUAUUCCUUUAAUCAACAUCCAAACUUUAUUUCAAGGAUUUCAAGGAAUUUGACCUACAUAGUUCCAUUAGAAGCAUCACCUUCGUUGCACUUGCUCAAGGUAUUUUCGUUGUUUGAAAGAUGAAACUGGAUCAUCAGCACCAAGUAUGUUGUUACAGCAGCUACAAUCUUUGAGAAAAAAUAAAUUUAGUACACAAAUGAUUGAUAAAAAUAUUUGCAAAAUAAAUGUUUACCGAUGUGAUGAGCUUUGAAUCAAGUCGAAAGAAACCACAAGCACUAAA